GCUAGGGGAAGUUACGUCACAGCGUGAUGGCGGCGGCUCCUUUAGGCAGCCGAAGGGGGAAUUAGGUCCGGAAGAUCCGAGUCCAUCCACGGCGGGGAGAGAGCGAGAGGAGCCGGCAGGGGCCGGAGCAGGGGCGGCGGCGCUCGGACUGUCCCAUCCGCCCCGUAUUGAGACGCUGGGAGCGGCGGGACGGCCGGAAAGCGAUGGUGAAAGCGGGGCCGUGAGGGGGGCGGAGCCGGCAGCCGGACCCGCAGUAGCGGCAGCAGCGGCGCCGCCUCCCCGGAGCUCAGACCCAGGAAGCGGCCGGGAGGACAGGAGCGAGCCGGGCCGCAACCAUGGAGCUGAGAGUCGGGAACAGGUACCGGUUGGGCCGGAAGAUCGGCAGCGGCUCCUUCGGAGACAUCUAUCUCGGUACGGACAUUGCUGCAGGAGAGGAAGUUGCCAUCAAGCUUGAAUGUGUCAAAACCAAACACCCUCAGCUCCACAUCGAGAGCAAGAUCUACAAAAUGAUGCAGGGCGGAGUGGGAAUCCCCACCAUUCGGUGGUGUGGGGCAGAGGGAGACUACAACGUCAUGGUCAUGGAACUGUUGGGACCAAGCCUGGAAGACCUCUUCAACUUCUGCUCCAGAAAGUUUAGUCUCAAAACGGUCUUGCUCCUUGCUGACCAAAUGAUAAGUCGUAUUGAGUAUAUUCACUCCAAGAACUUCAUCCACCGAGACGUGAAGCCUGAUAACUUCCUCAUGGGGCUGGGUAAGAAAGGCAACCUCGUCUACAUCAUAGACUUUGGCCUAGCUAAGAAGUACCGAGACGCCAGGACCCACCAGCACAUCCCCUACCGUGAGAAUAAAAACCUCACUGGGACAGCUCGCUACGCCUCCAUCAACACUCACCUCGGAAUCGAACAAUCUCGCCGAGAUGACCUGGAGUCCCUGGGUUAUGUGCUGAUGUACUUCAACCUGGGCUCUCUCCCCUGGCAGGGGCUGAAGGCUGCCACCAAACGACAGAAAUACGAAAGGAUUAGUGAGAAGAAAAUGUCCACUCCCAUUGAGGUCUUGUGCAAAGGCUAUCCUUCUGAGUUUGCCACUUACCUGAACUUCUGUCGCUCCUUGCGUUUCGAUGACAAGCCCGACUACUCGUACCUGAGACAACUCUUCCGGAACCUGUUCCAUCGCCAGGGUUUCUCCUAUGACUAUGUGUUUGACUGGAACAUGCUCAAAUUUGGCGCCAGCCGGGCUGCCGACGAUGCUGAACGAGAGCGGCGGGACCGAGAGGAGCGGCUGAGACACUCUCGAAACCCAGCCACCAGGGGCCUCCCCUCCACGGCCUCAGGCCGCCUCAGGGGAACACAGGAAGUGGCUCCCCCCACACCCCUCACCCCUACCUCACACACUGCGAACACCUCCCCACGGCCCGUCUCCGGCAUGGAAAGAGAGCGGAAAGUGAGUAUGCGGCUGCACCGAGGGGCCCCCGUCAACGUCUCCUCAUCCGAUCUCACAGGCCGGCAAGAUACCUCGCGCAUGUCCACCUCACAGAAUAGCAUUCCUUUUGAACACCACGGCAAGUAGCUGCUCGUCUCCCGUGGAAGGCGGUACUGGAUUCCCGGUCGGGUGGCGUCCAGUGGUCUUCAGUCUGCCGUGCACCGGUGAGCCGCUCUACCGCGAAGGGCAGGCAUGCAUGGCUGAUCUCCUCUGUGCCCAUGGCUUCCUAGUGACGCGCCCCGACCGAGCGAGAGCAGGAGUGUUUACACCGGAGCUCUCCCGCCCACUCACCCAGCGACGCACACGGGACACACACAGAGUAGACGGACA